AUGGCCGCUUCUGGCAUGAAGAUUUUUGUGGCGACGUUGCUCAAGGCAGCAAACGUGUUCCUGGAAGACUGCGAGGCUCGAAUCAAGAAAGCCGAAGAGACCGGGAGCAGACAGAUGAAAUUUUUUGACUUGGUGUUGGGCAAAGAUGAUAUCGAGGCCAUUGAAACCAUCCAUGGCAAGUUUUUCCAAGAAGAGGAGUAA